AUGCCUUCACUUCUUCAAACAAAAAUUAAGCAAGGUACGUUGCUCGAGUCUAACGUCAAUAAUAGGAAGAAUACAACUCAGCUCUCACCAUCAUUUUCUAACAAAAGUUUUGACAGUAUCAAACCGGAAAUCCCUAAGUAUGAAUUAUUAUUGGAAAAUGAUGCAAAUUCAUCUGUUGUAACUGGAUCGAAUUCAUGCAGCCUCGAUUUAAAUAAUGGUCAUUCAUUUCCAUCUAAUAAUGAAGAUCGUCGAUCAGGAAGUUGGCUCCGAAAACAUCCAGCUGAUAACGGUGCUGGUAUUGUUGAUACAUUAAAUCAAACAAACUUGGUAAUUCUUGCCCCUAUAACUAUCCCUCAGAAAGUUCCACAACUCCACAGUGACAAACAGUUAAAUAAGGUCAACUUUAAAAACUUUAUCAAAAUCUGGCCACCCUAUCUACCUCGGAACACAUCCAUAAAACCUUGUGUUCCCAGUUCGUACUUGUCAAAACCUAUUCCUCUGACUUCUUAUCAACAAACACUAGAAAAAUGUGACAGUCGCAAAAGUCUUGUAAAGUCAAAACAGCCAUUAGAUAAUGAGCAGGAGCGAAUUAACAAACUUUUCGAAGAAUCUUGUAAAGCUCCAUCACUCAAAAAGUUCGGGAAACUCACGACUUUUUAA